UGUGACUCACCCGCAUCUCGACGAGAAUGGUUUAGCCCAGGUUUAAACUUGACAGUUGUUGCUGUACGUGGAUUUUAAACUGUAGUACGUGGAAUUUAAACUGUAGAAUGAUAUAUUGUUACCUACGUUUUCUGUGACGUUUUAGUCGGCAACGUUAAAUUUUUCACCUCUUGACGAAUCAGUAAAUUAAACGAAACAACAACAGAUUGCUGCCAAAAUGCCAAAUCAAGGAGAUAAGGCAACUGAUGAUUCCCCUACUGACCUUCCCUGUCUGGAAAAACUUGACUCUCCUACAGGGAGCCCACCCACUGCCUCAUUAUCCAGUCUGAUGGAGCUGGAAAAUUGUGUUUCUAACCUGAGCCUCGCGCAUGAGAUAGUGGUGAACAGAGACUUCUGCUUCAAACCCAGGAGCCCUCCCACAGACAGCCUGGAGGGCAGAGUAACAGAAAUUGUUCACCGGGCAUUCUGGGACAGUCUUCAGGAGCAGCUGAACUGUGAUCCUCCAAACUACAACCAUGCUGUCAUUCUGCUGCAGGAGGUCAAGACUAUGCUUCAGUCCCUGCUGCUGCCUGGUCACAUCAGAUUGCGAUCCCAGCUUGACGAGGUCCUGGACAUGGAGCUGAUCCGGCAGGAGGUCGAUCACAGGGUUCUGGACCUCCACAGACUAGCGGGGUACAUCAUCAACACCAUGGCGUCUCUGUGUGCGCCGGUCCGUGAUCCAGAGGUCAGAGCACUGAGAGACCUCAAGGACCCAGUGGAGCUCCUGAGGAACAUCUUCCGUGUCUUGGGGCUGAUGAAGACCGACAUGGUUAACUUCACCAUCCAGACAUUGAGGCCUCACCUCCUGCAGCAGGCUGUGCAGUAUGAGAGGGCCAAAUUCCAGCAGAUUCUGGACAAGCAGCCAGCCUCUUUGGAUAAUACCACCGCUUGGCUUAAAGCAGCAGUGUCAGAGGAGGCGGCGGCUGCUGGAGCUCCGCCUGAUCCCUCCAGUCCUGACAGCCGAGCUGCCGUCAGCGCCACGGCUGUCCUCAACCGGGCCUACAUGCGUCUGCUACACUGGGACCCACAGGACCAGAAAUAUCCUGAGACUGUGCUGAUGGACCGAGCCCGCCUGGACACUCUGGGUCAGCGGCUCCAGAUGCUGGUCCUGGAGGCGUCGGUGCUGCUCCUGACCAACGCUCAGUGUGGGAGUGCCGUUUUCUCCCUGCAGGGGUUUGUAGGUAAACUCAGGCAGUCCGUCACUGCCCUGCUGGAGGGCAGUCACACCAGGGAGGCUGACCUGAAGGGGGCGCUGGUGGGGCUCGGGGAGACAGUGCUGCAGCAGGUGAAUGAAGCUCUUAUCAGCCAGGGAGAAGCAGCGCUGCCUCAGGAGAGCCAGGAUCUGCUGAGGGGACAAAUAUCUGACCUGUGGAAACACAACAACCCUGUCCGCACACUCAUAGGAGAAAGAGUACAGGGCUUCCUCCAGGCCAUGCUGCAGGGUGGCCCUGCUAAAAGGAGUCCAGAGCUGCCUGCUCCCCUCAGGCUGGUGAGCACUGAGCUUGCCGAGCUGGGGAUGGCCUUUGGGCAAAUCGUCCACUUCAACCGAACGGUCUUUGGUCCCUUCUGUGCACCCAUCCUCAGGAAACUGCUGUUCCCACCGGGAGAGGCCGAGGCUGGGGAGGAUUCACGCUAGGCUGAGGGCGACCCAGACGACCUGCGGUGACCUUUAACAUAAGCUGCCACGUGGCAUUGGACAUGAAGCUUUAGUGUAAACACAGUGAAUGUUGAAGGGAAACCCAGUAGUAAUAUAUUACAAUAUAAAACAGUUUGAGAAAAAAAAACAGUUAAAUUAGCCAAGAUCAUCUUUCUGUUACUGGAUUGACAUUUCUUUCUCUUCACUUUAAAAGGAGACAUUUGCAGUCUCCUGAAAAGGACAUUUGUUUUUAUAUUAUUAUACAAAACAAAGUCAAAGAUCUAUUAUACAAACAAAUCAUAAGGCAGGUACUGAAUUAUUAUUAUAUAUUAGUGCAUUUUAACAGCACAAAACAUUAGUUAACAGAUUGUGUGAAAGGCAAGACAGGGCUAACAAAUAGUUUGUAGUGUGUUAAUGAGAAAAUGCUGCAUGAGUCAGAUUUAGUUGAGACUAAUUGUGUCUGAAAGGAUUUGUUGCCUGGAAAAACAUCUUUGUUGGGUUUCACUCUCCAGAUAAACACCCUCAGGAAAAACUAAGUACCAAAGAAAAUAUGCUAACAGUUUGUAAAUAAUACUGCAGAUGUAAUAUGUAGCUGGUUUCUUGUCUUUAUAUUGAGAGAUGUUUAUAUAUGUAUAUGAUUUACCAAUGGAUACCAAAGUAUGCACUUUUUUCUGAUCUCAGUUGAUUUUUUUUUUCCUUUUUCUUUCUUUGAGUAUAUUUUUGGUGUGUGAUCAGUGUUUCCCCCACAGUAGUUGUUGUAAGUGACGGGCGGGGUAUUAAAUAGGUGCUUAUUUGUAAAUAAAACCCAAACUGAUUAA